CGAUUGAUUAUUGUCCAAACGGAACCAUUUUCAAAAGACCUUGUCCCAAAGGAUUUUACUGUGAAAAUACACAUACCAUUGCUGCAUGUGAAUCCACUCAAUACUGUCCCGAAGGUUCCAUCACGUAUCAACUCUGUCCCAAAGGAUACUAUUGUCCCAACGCCACUGUGAAAAUUAUUUGUCCAGUCGGAUAUUUCUGCGCCCCAGGUUCGAUUCGUCCAAGUGAAUGUUCUUGGUUUUUAUCGUUGUGUCCUGAAGGCAGCAGUACGGAUCAAAUGACUGUUGGAGGAUUGAUCUUGUUUGGAAGUAUUUUGUUUUUAAUUUUCAUGAUCAAUGUCAUUUAUGAAAUUGCUUUCAAAUUGUAUGUGAAAAUUAGUGCCAAAUUAAGAAAAAAGAGACGAGAAUUGGGAGAAAAAUCAUCUCUAUUUUCAGCUAAACAGAGAAGAGAUUUAAUGACAUCUUCUAUGGCGACUGCAAGUUUUGUUCAAGACAAUUUCACUGUGGAUAUUGGAUUUGAAAAUUUGGGACUAAUUUUAAGAGGUUCAGGAAAGAAAGUCCUUCAUGGUGUGACGGGUGAAAUCAAACAUGGACAAUUGACAGCAGUGAUGGGUUUGUCAGGAUGUGGAAAAUCAACAUUCAUUACGACAUUGGCCAAUCGAGCAUAUUAUGGAACUCAAGUUGGAAAAGUUUUUGUGAAUGGAGUGGAGGAAAAAUUAUCAAAUUACAAUCGAAGAAUUGGAUUUGUACCUCAAGAUGAUAUCAUGAUUCCAACCAUGACAGUCGAAGAGACGUUGUACUUUUCUGCAAGAACUCGAUUGGACGCUAAAAAGUCGAGAAAGGAUAUUGAUGCCAUUGUGAAUGAUGUCAUUAAGGUAUUAAAUUUGGAAGAUGUGAGACAUUCAGUUAUUGGAGAUCAAGAGAAGAGAGGUAUUUCUGGAGGUCAACGUAAGAGAGUGAAUGUUGGUAUUGAAUUGGUCUCCUCUCCUCUUGUUCUCUUCCUAGAUGAACCCACCAGUGGUCUCGACAGUGCCAGUUCCAAAGAAGUUUGCGAAGCUCUUCAAAACAUUUCCAGAGCUGGCAUCAAUGUCAUUACAGUCAUCCAUCAACCUCGAUAUGAAAUUUUUACCAUGUUCGAUACUUUACUGCUUCUUGGAAAGGGUGGAAGAACCAUUUAUUUAGGACCUGUGGACCGAGUGGAAGAAUAUUUUGAAAAAGAAUUUGAAUUUGUGAAACCUAAUGGAAUUAAUUUGGCUGAUUUUGUUAUUGACAUCUCAGCAGGAAUGGUUGAAAAUGAAAAGUAUCCAAAUUUCGAUCCUCAUUCAUUGCCAGAAUAUUGGGAAGAGAGAAAACACAAAUAUGAUACCAAUGCUCGUGCAAGUUUGGGAAUUGGAGGUUUUCUUGAUAGAGACAACACGACAUCAACACCAUUGGUCAAUCCUUCUUCAAUGUCAACUUCGGUCAACUCAACCUCAACCACAGGUAAUGCAUUGAAUUAUUACAUGACAAAACCUCCACAAAUCAUGACACCCACUCCAAGAUCCAAACGAAAAUUCAUCAAUCCAAGACUUCCAUACUUUGCACAAUUUUGGAUGUGUUUCAAACGAAGUAUAGUCCAAUUGCUGAGAGGAUUACCAAGUCUCGUUCUCGAUUUUUCACUCAUCUUUCUAUGUGCUUCCUUUUUAGGGUUACUUUUUUACAAUAAGGUGUAUGUAGGUCCUCCUCCAUCAAAUGUCUAUGAGAAAUGUCCUGGAGAUUUACAAAAAGUUUGUAAACAACCUGCCGACGAUCCAAUUGCUACCAUUUCAGCAUUAAUGUCUCUUUCCAUGGCUUUGAUGGGAUCCAUGGCUGCCCUUCGAGUAUUUGGAAAAGAAUAUUUGAAUUUCUACAGAGAGAGUCAAACAGGUCUGAGUACUUUUUGUUACUUUUGGGCCAAGGAUAUGUCCAUGUUAAUUGUGAAUAUUUUUGCACCCAUUGUGUUCUUGACCAUUUACUACACGACAGUUGCACCACUCGCCUCCGUGUUGGAAUAUUACUAUGCAUUGCUUUUGGUGUAUUGGGCUUCGUAUGGAUUGGGUUAUUUCAUUAGUAUAAUUGUCAAACCAAAUGUUGCACAAUUGACAUCUGUAGUGAUUGUAUUCAUUUUCAAUGUGUUUAGCGGUUCUACAACUCCUCUUCCAACACUUCGUGACAUGUAUUUCCCGAUUAAUAUUUUCCCAGCUCUCUCCUAUUUGACAUACAGUCAUGAAAAUAUUUACCUUAUUGAACUUGAAAGAUAUAGACACUUGUAUAACACAACUACGAGUAUGGAAAAUAUGGGUUACAAGUGGGAUGAGUUGGGCCUUACAAUUGGCAUGGUAGUGGUAUUUGGAAUGCUUUUUAGAAUUGCUUCAUUCGUGGCUUUGGUUUGUGUGAAACCAUCAAGUUUGUUCAAUUUAGGCAUGUUUUCUUUUCAAAACUUUUUCUUGAACAAAGUUAGAGCCAUUAUGAAGAAGUUCAGAAAGCAGUAG